AUCGAUCCCUGCUCUCGGGCGGAGAAGAGCAAUGUUUUCAUGCCUGCUGACGAGCUGCGCUAGUCACUGCCAUGGCGUCCGUAAUGUCGCUGUUUAAGGAGGGGACUUCAUAGCAUCUUGUUUUAAUUCGCUUUGGUGACAAGCAUUCAGCGUGUUUUGCUACUCUUGCUUUGAGUUUGAUCAAAUUUAUCUCUGAACCGGCCAUGACCGUGGAGCAGAAUGUCCUCCAACAGCAUUCUCAGAAGCACCAGCAGACUCUACUAAACCAGUUGAGAGAGGUCACAGGCACUACAGACGUUCAGCUGCUCCAGCAGGCCCUGCAGGUGAGCAACGGAGACUUGGCUGAAGCUGUCGCCUUUCUCACAGAGAAGAACGCUAAGGUUCCUCAGCAGGAUGAGACUACGUACUACCAGACAUCCCAGGUGGCCAGCGACAGAUAUAUCAGCGUUGGCAGCCAGGCAGAUACAAAUGUAAUUGAUCUGACGGGGGAUGAUAAAGAUGACCUGCAAAGGGCUAUUGCCCUCAGCCUGGAGGAGUCCAACAGGGCUUUCAGGGAGACGGGCAUCACAGAUGAGGAGCAGGCCAUCAGCAGGGUUUUGGAGGCCAGCAUAGCAGAGAACAAGGCAAGUCUAAAGCGUACUCACACCGAAGUAUGGAGCGAUUCACCCAACCCACAUGACAGAAAGAGGAUAGACACCUGCCCCGUGGGUCUGAAAAAUGUUGGCAACACCUGCUGGUUUAGUGCUGUAAUACAGUCUCUGUUCAACUUGCUGGAGUUCCAGAGGCUGGUCCUCAACUAUUCACCCCCAGCCAGAGUCCAUGACCUGCCUCGUAACCAGAAGGAGCACAGGUACCUGCCCUUCAUGCAGGAGCUGAGGAAUCUCUUCUCGCUCAUGGUGGGGUCCAAGAGGAAAUAUGUGGACCCAUCACGAGCGGUGGAAAUCCUCAAAGAUGCCUUCAAAUCCAGUGAGUCCCAGCAGCAGGAUGUGAGUGAGUUCACCCACAAGCUGCUGGACUGGCUGGAGGAUGCCUUCCAGAUGAAGGCUGAAGAAGACAGGGAGGGAGAGAAGCCAAAGAAUCCCAUGGUGGAACUUUUCUACGGCCGCUUCCUUGCCGUGGGUGUUUUGGAAGGUAAAAAAUUUGAAAACACAGAGAUGUUUGGACAGUAUCCACUGCAGGUGAACGGCUUCAAGGACCUCCACGAAUGUCUCGAAGCAGCGAUGAUCGAGGGAGAGAUAGAGUCCCUGCACUCAGCAGAGAACUCUGCCAGAUCUGGUCAAGAGCACUGGUUCACAGAACUGCCUCCUGUGUUGACCUUCGAACUGUCAAGAUUUGAGUUCAAUCAAGCCCUGGGGCGACCCGAGAAGAUCCACAACAAGCUGGAGUUCCCCUCUAUGCUCUACAUGGACAGAUACAUGGACAGAAACAGGGAAAUAACCAGGAUCAAAAGAGAGGAGAUCAGAAGGCUGAAAGAGCAUCUAACGCUGCUUCAACAGCGACUGGAGAGGUAUUUGAGUUAUGGCUCAGGCCCCAAGAGGUUUCCUCUGGCAGAUGUUCCUCCAGUAUGCCAUGGAAAUUUGCCUCCAGCUAAGCCUGUGUGCACCUCCCCAGUGGAUGAUAUUGACACAUCAGCACCCCCUGGUGGCACAACAGGACAACAGUUGCCACCACCAAGCACAGCUGAGCAGGACUCUGUACCUCCUUUAGAGAGCUCAAGUCCUGCUGCAGGUCCCACCACAGCUCAGCAGCAGAGAGUACCCAUUCAUAAGCCCUUCACCCAAUCUCGGCUACCUCCCGACCUCCCCAUGCACCCUGCCCCACGCCACAUCACUGAGGAAGAGUUAAGGGUCCUCGAGGGCUGCUUGCAUCGCUGGAGGAGCGAGGUGGAGAAUGACACCCGUGAUCUGCAGGGUAGUAUAACCAGAAUUCACAGAACCAUUGAGUUAAUGUAUUCAGACAAAUCUAUGAUGCAGGUUCCAUACCGGCUUCAUGCAGUUCUGGUCCAUGAAGGCCAGGCCAAUGCUGGCCACUACUGGGCUUACAUCUACGACCCUCAUCAGCGCUGCUGGAUGAAGUACAAUGAUAUCUCUGUUACUAAGUCAUCCUGGGAAGAACUGGUCAGAGACUCUUUUGGAGGCUACCGCAACGCCAGCGCCUACUGUCUCAUGUACAUCAAUGACAAGAAGCCAUUCCUCAUAGAAGAAGAGUUUGAUAAAGAAACGGGCCAGAUACUCAGCGGCUUGGACAAACUGCCUCCCGACCUAAAGCAGUAUGUGAAGGAGGACAACGAGCUGUUUGACAAGGAAAUUGAAGAGUGGGACAUCCUGCAGGCCCGCAAGGCCCAACAGGAGAAGCUCGCCCUAGCAACAGCAGCCUCUGCCACGGCAGCAUCCAGCACUUCCACUUCCUGUUCUUCACCACAGCCUAUGAGUAUUGAGUCCAGCCCUCCAGACAACGCAGUGCCCCAACACGACCCAGAGUACAUGGAGCAGCCGUCACCCAGCAAUGACUCCAAGCACCUGCAGGAGGACACGGAGAGGGCCAUCUCCAGGGCCGCCGCCGCUGCCGAGCAGGAGGAGAACCCCGAAGCCUUGUUAAACGCUGCCAUCAAACUGGAGUACGCUCGUCUUUUGAGAUUCGCCCAGGAAGACACGUCACCUGAGAGCGACUACCGACUGAAGCACAUUAUUGUCUAUCUCAUCCAAAACCAAGCACCCAAGAAGAUCCUGGAGAGGACUCUGCUCACGCAGUUCGCUGACAGAAACCUGGCCUUUGAUGAGAGAUGUAAGAGCAUUAUGAAUGUGGCACGUGCUAAACUGGACCUAAUUAAGCCAGAGGAGGUCAACAUGGAUGAAUAUGAGAUGUGGCAUCAGGACUACAGAAAUUUCCGUGAGACGACCAUCUUCAUGGUGACCGGUUUGGAGCUCUUUCAGAAGUCAAAUUACGUGGAGGCCCUGAUGUAUCUCGUUUACUCAUACCAGUACAACAAGGAGCUUUUGUUGAAAGGGCUGUACCGAGGACACGACGAGGAGCUUCUUGGCUUUUACCGCAGAGAGUGUUUGCUGAAAUUAAACGAGCAGGCAGCCGCCAUGUUUGAGUCGGGGGAAGAACCGGAGGUGACGACGGGCCUCGGCAUCAUGAACGAGCUGGUGGUGCCCUGCAUCCCUCUGCUGCUGGUCCAUGACGCCGAGCGGGACCUGCUCGCAGUGGAGGACAUGAGGAACCGAUGGUGCUCCUACCUGGGCCAAGAGAUGGAAUCCAACCUCCAGGAAAAGCUGACAGACUUCCUCCCCAAGUUACUAGACUGCUCGACUGAAAUCAAAAGCUUCCACGACCCUCCCAAGCUGCCCAGCUGCUCCACUCUGGAGCUGUGUGAAAGAUUCAGCCGGAUCGUGUCGGCUCUGGGCAGGGUGCCCACCGAGGGAAGAUGAGCUCCGAGGAGGCACCGCUCCCGACUCCAGGCACAAAUCCAUGGACCUCUUGUAACCCAUGCCUUCCUUAUCAAUCCAGAGGUCACUCGCUUCUAGCUGUUAUUCCUCUGUUACUCUUUUGCUGCUAUAGGUUUUAUCAUUAUAAAUAUUUCACUUUUAUUUUAAGCAAAACACAAGCGAAAGGAGGAGGUAAAAAAUGGACGUUUGGAAGGAAAAAUAAAGAAGUUGGUGGAUAAACGGUGGCAAUCCUGCAGUGAGUUGAAAGUCAGCACGUUCUGCUUCAGCUUUGCAGCAAACAAGAAGUUUGAAGGGUUUUUUCAUAGUUAUUGUUGUUGUUUGAUUCAAGCUCCCCCAGCCACACAUAAUCCUUUCCAAAGCCCCCGUGUGCAUGGAAAGGGUCAUCCUACUUCCCCGCCUCCAGUUUGGUACAGUGUUACCUCGUUUUGUUUUAUUUUUCUAAGAAAGUAAGGAAGAGCGCCUUGAGAUUUCUAGCAGCUCAGAGGAUCUCAGACAGGUCGCAGGUCUUUGUGCCAGAAGGAGAUGUUUUAAGUGCUGUGGUAGAUGGCCAUGGACUUCCUGUGGCUUGUUAAUAAAUCGAGAGAAUAAAAUUUUAUUUAUGGCCCUUUUAG